GGAGGUCUCCCACCUCCAAACUAGCAAACUCCCCUUCUUCAGGAAUCAGGGCUCAUUCGACGGACCGUCUCCGCCGCUAAGGAUCUGAAACCUUUACUGCGGUUCAGGUAUGGCUUUGCAGGCAAGUGAAAUAUAGAUAGAGAAAGAAAAAAGCUGAAAAGCAACAACAAUGGUUGUCUCCAGCGGUAUUUCUCAUAGUAAGGAAAUCAGUAUCAGGAGGAGGAUUGCUAGCAUAUUCAACAAGAGAGAAGAUGAUUUCCCAUCCCUGAGAGAGUACAAUGAUUAUCUGGAAGAAGUGGAGGACAUGACUUUUAACUUGAUUGAAGGCAUAGAUGUUCAAGCUAUUGAAGCAAAAAUUGCUAGAUAUCAAGAAGAAAAUGCCGAACAAAUAAUGGUCAACCGAGCUCGCAAGGCUGAAGAAUAUGCUGCAGCCCUUGCAGCAAGCAAGGGAAUUCCCGCACAGACAGACAAUGAUGUGGCUGCAGAUCAAAGCUUCCAAGCAGGAUUAAGCACAGGCACACAAGGUCAGUAUGCACCUACAUUUGCUGGAGGGCAGCCACGACCUACAGGCCAACCCGUGCCCCUUGGUGGCGGUCUUGACAUGCAGGGCUAUGGGCUUGACGAUGAGGAAAUGUUGAGGCUUAGAGCGGAGAGAGGUGGAAGGGCCGGUGGGUGGAGUGUAGAGUUCAGCAGAAAGCGUGCCCUUGAAGAAGCGUUUGGAAGUAUUUGGAUCUGCUAACUUACUUUUUUACAAAGGCAAUCGGAUUUUGGCACUCGAGUCCGAAUGGUAAACGAUUAAUUGUGCACAUUUAAUUCUUAUGAAGUAUUAACUGGAUUAUAAUAUUAAUUGUCUGUAGAUAUACCAGUGGGUAGAGACGAGGUUUGGUGAAUGUGACUGGUAAAUUACUGGUCUGA